CCUGUCUCACUGGUAUAUCAUUGAAGUCCAAAGACUUCAGAGAACUGUGGCACAACGAUUGAGACGACCAUUGUGGUCUUUGACAGAAAUUAUACGUAGUAAACCCUCCGCCAAGGACUCAAGGACGGCUAUACAGCAUUACAGUGCCUUGCGACCAACACCUCUCUACUAUCCCAGUCAAGCUUGCAAGGUUCACCCAAUCACCAUCCGAAGAUCUAGCAUAGCUUGUUGUUCGACAUCUACAAUCGGCAACAUGACAAUCCGAGCAAAGAAGUUCACACCAGAGGUGAUGCUGCGCGCGCCUCGUCGCUCAGCGGGAGUCCCGAAUGGAGAUGCGUCAUUGAUUCUAUAUACAGUCUCGACUUACUCGUUUGAGGAGCAUUCCAAAACCUCCCAGGUGCGGAUCCUCAAGGCAAAGGACAAUUCGUCUCACUUGGUGACAAUGGCGGAGGGCGCUAGUCAGCCGCAAUGGAUCGAUGACAAGGUUAUCUUGCUUCUCCCUGGAGAGCACGGAGCGACCAAGAUUGCAGUCGGAGACCCGUUUGACUUUGACAGCCACUACGUAGCGGGAACAGUCGAUGCUCCCAUAAGCGAUCUGAAGCUCGUCAAGCUUGACAAAGGCAAGUAUGCCAUUGCUCUGACUGCAGCUGCCACUCCAGAUGGCGAAUUGUACAAUCCCGAGCACGCAAAGAAGCCCAACACGACCGGGCGACUUUACAAGUCGACGUUUGUUCGCCACUGGGACAAAUGGAUCAGCAAGGAGAGAAACUCGAUCUGGUAUGGAACUCUGGUUGAGAUGGCAGGCGAUACCCCAAAGCAAUACCUGCUGUCUCCGCUCACGAAUGCAUUGAAAGACACUGGUCUUGAAAGCCCGAUACCCCCGUUUGGCGGGGCAGAUCACUUUGAUUUGAGCAUCAAUGGCAUCAUAUUCACCGCAAAGGAUCCCCAGCUCAGCGCCGCGACAAACACGAAGACGAAUAUAUACUACAUUCCGAUACCCUUUUCGAAAGAACUCACCCCGCCAGGACCUCCGCCGCCGAUUGAGGCUUUAACCUAUGGUUUCGAGGGCGCAUCAACGUCACUUGUGUUCUCUCCCGAUGGCAAACAGGCGGCCUUUCUUAGAAUGCGAGAGAAUGGCUACGAGGCGGACAAGAACCAGCUCUUUCUCAUACCAGACCUUGAAAAACCCUCCUGGGUCAUCACGGCCUUUCCUGAAUCUACAGGCAGGGGCGCAUGGGCUUCGUCGCCUGGUAGCAUCACGUGGAGCAAGGACUCAAAGACCAUUUUCUUGACUGCAGAGUUCCGGGGCCAAACGUGUCUGUACAGUGUCGAUCGUGAACAGAUACCUACUUCGGACACAUCUGUGAUUAAAAAGUACCACACGACUGGUAAUGUAUCGGCUAUUCGAUACCUCGAGAACGACCACAUCUUGAUCUCGGGCUCCAGUAUGGUCGACAACAGUAUCUACUCUAUUGUCGAUGCAAAGAAGCCAAACUCCAUGGCCGUCAUCUCAUCAUUAUCGAAGAACGGCGCAGCUUUUGGACUGUCGCCCGACCAAAUUACUGAAUUCUGGACCACAGGAGCCGACAAGACAACGUCUGUACAUUCGUUGGUAAUUCGACCGUCCAAUUUUGAUGAAAAAAAGAAGUACCCGUUAGCUUUCCUCAUCCAUGGUGGACCACAAGGAGCCUGGCAGAAUGCAUGGAACACCAGAUGGAACCCAGCCGUCUUCGCAGAGCAAGGCUACGUUGUCGUCAUGCCCAACCCGACCGGGAGCACGGGUUAUGGACAGGACUUCUGCGACGCCAUACAGGACCAGUGGGGUGGCUUGCCCUACCAGGAUCUAGUCAACUGCAUGUGGUGGAUCGAGAACAACGUUGACUACAUCGACAGCAAGAACGCCGUCGCCCUCGGCGCUUCAUACGGCGGCUUCAUGAUCAACUGGAUCCAAGGCAACCCACUCGGCCGCAAAUUCAAAGCCCUAGUCUGCCACGACGGGGUCUUCAGCAUGACAGGCCAACUCGCCUCUGAAGAAACCUGGUUCCCCUUCCACGACAUGAAGGGCCCGCUCUGGAAAAACCCCCAGUCAUGGUCCCAAUGGGACCCCUCCCGCCUCUGCGCCAACUGGGCCACCCCGCAGCUCGUCAUCCACUCGGAGCUCGACUACCGUCUCACCGUCUCCGAGGGUCUGUCCGCCUUCACCGUGCUGCAGGCCAAGGGGAUCGAGAGCGAGUUUCUGACGUUUCCGGACGAGAAUCACUGGGUGUUGAAGCCGGAGAAUGGCUUGCUUUGGCAUACUGUUGUGCUGGAUUUUGUUAAUCCGAAGGUGGGCUUGCCGAAGUAUUCGGAUGUUAGUCGGGCGGGGAGGGAGAGGAGGGAGGAGGCGGCUAUGGAUGGGUUUGGUGGUGAUGAUGAUGGGGCUCAGGUUGGGGUAGAGGGGUUGAGUUUGUGAUGAGGGAGGAGCGUGUUGGUAGGUCUGGAUUGGUAUGUAUCGUGUUGUGAUAAGUGGUGUGCAGAUUGUUUAUUACCUGCUCUAGUAUCGUUGUUCCUUCGCGUCGUUUGAGAAAUUGAAAGAUAAAAGACAGUAGUAUUGCUUGUGAAGGAGAAAUCAUCACACACCAGUAUAAUGAUGCAUUCUUUUUCUUACACAAAACAAAGAAGUCAAGCCGUGAGCAAAUCACAAUCGUCUCCCUCUGUUCUUUAUAGAUGGGAUGUAUACGUUUAAAAGGGGGUUCUGCC